AUGUCACACUGCCACGAUGAACACUCACACUCGCACUCGCACGCCCACGGCGACGAUGGCCACGACCACAGCGACGACAUAACACCAGCCCUCCAAAACAUUCUCCACGCACAAAUCGACUUCCCACGGCUCCUCACGCUCAACGAAUCCACGCCGGACAGCGGACGCGCCAUCUGCCAAAAAACAUGGGCGCAGCGGCUCAGUCCGACCCCGGAACUCGUCUCUAGCGCGGACGAGCAACUGCUCAUGAUUGUCCCCUUCACUGGCCAAGUCCGCUUGCACUCCAUCCUCCUGCGCACUUCGCCCUCGCUGCAGUCCCCCAAGACGCUCAAGGUGUUUGUCAAUCCCCCCGAGGGCUUCGACUUUGACACUGCGUCUGACACGCCGCCAACGCAGGUGCUCGAGGUGGCGCGGACGUCGGAGGUCCAGGAGAUUCCGGUGAAGAGGGUGCUGUUCAACACCACGAGGGCGCUUGCGCUGUUCUUCGAGGAUAAUUGGAGUAUGGGGACGGAGGAGGAGGAGGAGGAGGAGACGAGGGUGGGCUAUUUGGCAUUCAAGGGCGAUUUCUUGAAGUUGAGUCGGGAGGCGGUGAGUGUGCUGUAUGAGAGUGCGGCGAAUCCGAAGGAUCAUCAGAUUGGGGGUGUUGGCGUGGGAGAGGGGGUGGGGAGGAGUAUACAGUGA